AUGGAAAGCACCAACCAGACAGCCUCUGUGACAGAGUUCAUUCUCCUGGGCCUCUCUGCCCACCCAAGGCUGGAGAAAACGUUCUUUGUGCUCAUGUACCUGGUGAUCCUGCUGGGCAACGGGGUCCUCAUCCUGGUGACCAUCCUUGACUCCCGUCUACACAAGCCCAUGUACUUUUUCCUGGGGAACCUCUCCUUCCUGGACAUCUGCUACACAGCCUCCUCAGUCCCCCUCAUCCUUGACAGCUUCCUGACACCCAGGAAAACCAUCCCCUUCUCAGCCUGUGCUGUGCAGAUGUUCUCCUCCUUUGCCAUGGGGGCCACGGAGUGUGUGCCUCUGGGCGUGAUGGCGUUUGAUCACUAUAUGGCCAUCUGCAACCCCCUGAGGUACCCCGUGGUCAUGAGCAAGGCUGCCUAUGUGCCCAUGGCUACCAGCUCCUGGGCAGCUGGAAGUGCUGCCUCCAUGGUUCAAACAUCCCUUGCAAUGAGGCUGCCCUUCUGUGGGGACAAUGUCAUCAACCACUUCACCUGUGAGAUCCUGGCUAUCCUGAAGUUGGCCUGUGCUGACAUCUCCAACGAUGUGAUCAGUAUGGAGGUGACCAAUGUGAUCUUCCUAGGGGUCCCAGUUCUGUUCAUCUUUGUCUCCUACAUCUUCAUCCUCACCACCAUCCUGAGGAUCCCCUCAGCUGAGGGGAAGAAAAAGGCCUUCUCCACCUGCUCUGCCCACCUCACAGUUGUGGUCAUCUUCUAUGGGAUCAUCCUCUUCAUGCAUGGGAAGCCCAAAUCCAAGGACCCACGGUGGGCAGACAAACAGGACCUUGCAGACAAGCUCACUUCCCUCUUCUAUGGGGUGGUGACCCCCAUGUUCAACCCCAUCAUCUACAGCCUGAGGAACAAGGAUGUGAAGGCCACCGUGAGGAACCUGGUAACAAGGCUGAGGCUGGAGAAAAGAAUGAAGUCAGUCUUCUUCCUUUCCCUGAGACUCAGGGGAGUUGGGAUCCUGUAG